CCCAGGCCAACCUUUGAUGCGCAGACAGGUUGGUGGUAUUCCUACUUGAAGGACACGAUGUUUUCCAAACUAGCAUGUUUCCAGACUGUUGCUGUGCUUCGUCGAGGAGUUCACUCUUCAGUGGCUUCUGCUACAUCUGUUGCGACUAAGAAGACAGUCCAAGGCCCUCCAUCCUCUGAUUACAUUUUUGAACGGGAAUCUAAGUAUGGGGCACACAACUACCAUCCUUUACCUGUAGCCCUGGAGAGAGGAAAAGGUAUUUACGUAUGGGAUGUAGAAGGCAGGAAAUAUUUUGACUUCCUGAGUGCUUACAGUGCUGUCAACCAGGGGCAUUGUCAUCCAAAGAUUGUGAAUGCUCUGAAAAGUCAAGCAGACAAACUGACCUUAACAUCUAGGGCUUUCUAUAAUAACGUCCUUGGUGAAUAUGAGGAGUAUAUUACUAAACUUUUCAACUACCACAAAGUUCUUCCUAUGAAUACAGGAGUGGAGGCUGGAGAGACAGCUUGCAAACUUGCUCGUAAAUGGGGAUAUACUGUUAAGGGUAUUCCGAAGGACAAAGCAAAGAUUGUUUUUGCAGCUGGAAACUUUUGGGGGAGAACAAUGUCUGCUAUCUCCAGUUCUACAGACCCGAGCAGUUAUGAUGGUUUUGGACCAUUUAUGCCCGGUUUCGAAAUCAUUCCAUAUAAUGAUCUGCCUGCUCUGGAGCGUGCUCUACAGGAUCCAAACGUUGCCGCAUUCAUGGUAGAACCAAUUCAGGGUGAAGCGGGCGUUAUCAUUCCGGAUCCAGGCUACAUGAUGGGCGUGCGAGAACUGUGCACCCAGCACCAGGUUCUGUUGAUAGCUGAUGAAAUACAGACAGGAUUGGAGGGAACUGGUAGAUGGCUGGCUGUUGACCACGAAAAUAUCAGACCCGACUUAGUCCUUCUUGGAAAGGCACUUUCUGGUGGCUUAUACCCCGUAUCUGCGGUGUUGUGUGAUGAUGACAUAAUGCUGACCAUUAAACCAGGGGAGCACGGGUCAACCUACGGAGGCAAUCCGCUGGGCUGCCGAGUGGCCAUUGCAGCCCUUGAGGUUUUGGAAGAAGAAAACCUUGUUGAAAAUGCGGAUAAAAUGGGUACCAUCUUGAGAAAUGAACUCAUGAAGCUACCUUCUGAUAUUGUAACUGCUAUAAGAGGAAAAGGAUUAUUAAAUGCUGUUGUUAUUAGAGAAACCAAAGAUUAUGAUGCUUGGAAGGUGUGUCUGCGACUUCGAGAUAAUGGACUUCUGGCCAAGCCAACCCACGGUGACAUCAUCCAAUUUGCACCUCCACUUGUGAUCAAAGAGGACGAGGUGCGCGAGGCCAUGGAAAUCAUUAACAAGAGCAUCUUGUCUUUCUGAGAGUGGUGACGGGUCGCAGCGGUGCCUGGGAGCCAGCUGGAGGCAGGCAGUUCCUUGAUGUCCUGUAAAAAGCCUCUGCGUUGCUGCACUUAACGCAGGCACAUUCCAUCCCCUUGUGUCUUCAAGGACUUUUUUUUUUUAAUAUAUGUAUUUUUCAGUUCAUACAUAAUAGAAUGACAUUUAUAAUCGUGCAUGCAGUUCACUAUGGAACAUAACUGUAAGAAUAUAACGGCAUCUAUAUGCGAUUAAGUG